AUGCAUAACAUUAUAUUGAAGUAUGGUAGGGCUUCAUCAAAUGUAUGGAGCUUCAUCUUCUCAUUCCCAUCAAGCAUAAAUGCCUAUGCAGCCAUAGGGUUUUCCAAUGAUGGCAAAAUGGUAAAAUCAAGUGCAAUAGUAGGGUGGAUCUCCGGCCUCAACGGCGGCGGAAUGAACCAGUACUAUUUAGGCGGAUUAUCGGACGGCGAGGUGGUUCCCGGAGAAGGAGACCUCUAUGUCAUGAAUGAAACAAUUAUUCAACCUAAUCCUUCAAUAGUGUACAUGAUUUUUCAGUUGAAAACUAACCAACCUUCUUCAAAGCUUAUAUAUUCAAUUGGACCUAAUGGUGUUUUUCCUGAUACUCAAGGCAAGUUGCAACAACAUAGUGAUGCUAUAUCCACAGUCAUAGAUUAUUCACAAGGUGUAACUAGUGAAGUUUCUUACUUAAAACUCCGAAGAAGCCAUGGAGUAAUCAACAUGACAUCAUGGAGCAUUCUAAUGAUAAUAGGUUACAUAAUUGCAAGGCAUUUCAAGAAAUGGGAUCCAAUUUGGUUUUAUUUGCAUGCUUCAAUUCAAACAAUUAGCUUUCUUGCCGGCACAGCUGGAAUUUUAAUUGGUUAUGCAUUGUCUAAGAAAGUUGAUGCCAAUGUCAAUAAUCACAAAAAUAUAGCUAUCAUCAUUCUUGUCCUUGGAAUCCUUCAGGUAUUUGCAAUCAUAUUAAGGCCAAAACCAGAAUCAAAAUUACGCAAGUAUUGGAAUUGGUACCAUCAUUAUGUUGGGAGAAUUUUGAUUAUAUUCGCCAUUGCAAACGCAAUUUAUGGACUCUCUUUAGCAAAGGAAGGUUCUAAAUGGUUUCUUGCUUAUGGAGUUUCUAUUUCCAUCUUAGUUAUCAUCAACAUAAUUUUGGAGGUUAGAAUGUGGAUAAUUGCGAGAAGAAAAACUCAGUCCACAAAUAAUUCAUCACAUCCUCAAUCCUUGGAAUUUGCUUACCAAACUUAAUUAGUUUGA